AUGCCUCCCCCCUCUGAAGGAGAAGUCGCCGAUGCCAUACGAAAGUUGCGCAACAAUAAGGCACCCACAGAGGACUGUAUAUUCGCUGAAAUCUUCAAGUCCUGUGUCAAAAUUCUGACGCCCUGGCUCCAUGAGGUGAUUGAACGAGCGUGGACAGACGAGGUUGAUCCUGAUGACUGGGGCUUGGACAUCCUUGUACCUAUACUAAGGAAGGGAGAUAAGACGAGAUGCGAGAACUACCGCGACAUAAAUCUCAUCGAGGUUGCUGCGAAGAUCUUUGCUAUUGUUUUACUCAGGCGAUUCUAGGCUGUGCGUGACUCAAGGACGAGGUCCAACCAAGCCGAAUUUCGUGCUGGACGUGGAUGCGCAGACCAGAUAUUCACACUGAGGCGCAUUUUCGAAUUUCGCUAUACCUACCAACAACCGACGGCUGUCUGCUUCAUUGACUUUGCCGCCGCGUUCGAUUCCGUUCACCGUGAGUCCCUGUGGCGGAUAAUGGCGCUAGAUGGUGUACCGGCCAAAAUCAUCGCCAUGAUCAAGGCCUACUAUCGUUCUACUACUGCGAGAGUCCUGGUCCGCAACAAUCUUUCCCAACCGUUCGGUAUUCGGUCUGGCGUCCGACAGGGUUGUAUCCUGUCGCCAAUACUGUUCAACUACGCUAUUGAAUGGAUCCUCGGGAGGGCUCUACGCGAGAGUGACGGCUUUGAGUUUGCACCCAGACAUCGACUGACUGAUCUUGACUAUGCCGAGAAUAUCGCCUUACUUGCUUCAAAUUUUAGUGCUCUGCAGUCUUUGGUGUCACGGUUGAACGAAGUCGUCAAAUCUGUCGGUUUAUCCAUAAACGCUGGGAAGACCAGUGUUUUCAAGCUGCAUCCCUGA